GCGGCCGCAGCCGGAGCCGGAGGCGGGCGGGGGCCGGGGCUGCGCGGCGCCGCUGCCUGCCUGCCUGCCUGCCUGCCUGCCUGCCUGCCUUCGGGGCGGCCGGGCCCGCGGAGCUGCGCGGAGCUGCCGCGGCUUUCCACCAUCUUCUCAUCAGACACUGCGAUGGGCCCUUCCCAGCUCGGCCUCAAGAUGCUGGUAUAGCAGCAGGCAGCUGCGACCCAGAGGACCUGCGGUGGGACGUCGUUUCCCGCUGGGACAUCCUUCACCCCCUCUCUCUCGGCAGAAGCGAUGGAUGCCCACGUGGACCUCCUGACGGAGCUGCAGCUGCUGGAUAAGGUGCCCACGCUGGAGAGGCUGCGGGCAGCCCAGAAGCGGAGGGCUCAGCAGCUGAAGAAAUGGGCACAGUAUGAGAAGGAGAUGCAGCAUAAGAAGAGGAAGCAUGAAAAGAAGAGAAAUGCUGUUAACAGAAAGAAAGUGUCUUUUGAAGCCAGCGUCGCUCUGCUGGAGGCUUCUCUGAGGAACGACUUGGAGGAAGUGUGUUACUUGCUGAAGAGCAACAUCAGCCCAGACCUGUGCAAUGAAGAUGGAUUAACUGCACUGCAUCAGUGCUGCAUAGACAACUAUGAAGAGAUAGUCAAGCUUCUCCUCAACCACGGGGCCAAUGUCAACGCAAAGGACAAUGAGCUGUGGACUCCGUUGCAUGCAGCAGCUACGUGUGGUCAUAUCAACCUGGUGAAGAUCCUCAUCCAGCAUGGAGCAGACUUGUUGGCAGUGAAUGCAGAUGGCAACAUGCCGUAUGACCUCUGUGAAGAUGAGCCAACUCUGGAUGUCAUUGAGACUUGCAUGGCCUAUCAAGGAAUUACACAGGAGAGGAUCAAUGAGAUGCGGGCUGCUCCAGAGCAGGUCAUGAUCUGUGACAUUCAUGACAUACUUGCGACUGGACAAGAUCUGAACAGGACUGAUGCCCAAGGUGCUACGCUGCUGCAUAUAGCUGCAGCCAAUGGUUACCUGCACGCAGCUGAAGUCCUCCUUGACCAGGGGGCAAGCCUGGAUGUUAAGGAUUGGGACGGCUGGGAACCUCUUCAUGCUGCUGCUUUCUGGGGACAGAUGCAGAUGGCCGAGUUGCUUGUGUCCCAUGGGGCUAGUUUGAGUGCCAGGACAUCUUUGGAUGAGAUGCCAAUAGAUCUGUGUGAAGAGGAAGAAUUCAAAGUAUUACUUCUGGAGUUGAAACACAAACAUGAUGUGAUCAUGAAGUCUCAGCUGAGGCAUAAAUCCUCCCUGAGUCGAAGGACCUCCAGCACCGGCAGCCGGGGGAAGGUGGUGAGGAGGGCCAGCCUUUCGGACCGAACAAACCUUUACAGGAAGGAGUGUGAGAAAGAGGCCAUUGUCUGGCAGCAGCUGGGGGCAGCAGAAGAAGGAAGAAACUCAGUUCUCAUUGCAGAAAUUGGGGAGACUCGUUCUGACCAGGAGAAUACAGACCCCAAUUCAAUGCUGGAGAACUCUUCCCUCCUUCCGGAGCUAUCAAACAAAAGCACCCAGUGUGACUCUGAGAUCCCCCUCCAGAAUGGACUCAUGGCGUCUGCCAGCACUUACCAGUACACCUUUUCCAACGGGGACGUUUGGAGUAUGCACGCUGACCCUGACAGUAAUCCAGGCCACGUGCUGCCCUACAGCAACCCCGGGCUCCCUGACACACAGCAGUUCUGGGGUGCCUACAAGGAGCAUAACCAUCAGACGCUCUCCGAACUUAAGCGGCAGCGGGCUGCAGCCAAACUCCUCAAUCACCCUUUCCUCAGCACCCACUUUGGCAGCGGCGUGGGAGGAGUUGCCGAGAAUGGGGGUGAGGCCAAGUCGCACCUAAUCGGAUCCAGGACUUCUCCCUACAGCUCCAAUGGGACCUCAGUGUAUUACACAGUGUCCAGUGGCGAUCCACCCCUCUUGAAAUUCAAAGCUCCCAUGGAAGAAAUGGAAGAGAAGGUGCAUGGGUGCUGCAGAAUUUCCUAGUCUCAUGUUUCUCACCACAGAGGAAACAAGAUGUGGAUGGGCUGGGUGGAUCUAUUGCAGCAGCCAGGUUGUUUGCAUUCCAAAGGGAGAAUUUGGUUAUGGACAUCCUGACUGUGGCGGCCUCGUUCAUCCUGAUUUGUACUUUACCCUGCCAGUUACCUCCACUGCAGUUGCAUGAAUAAGGCAGGUGGAGCAAGUCUCUUAGGAGAGGAAGGGAUGUGCAUCAAUAUGAUGUAAAAAGAGUCACCCUAGUCUUGUUCCCUGGGAAAGAAGGUAUGGUGCACUGCCUCCCUGUCCUUGGGAAGUCAUGAGAUGCCUUGGAACAAAGAAGGGAUCUGAAUUAAAAUCUUUGCAUCUGAGCCUCUUGCUGUAAGUCACCAAGCUUCUGGAAGGUGACAGGUUUUUUCACUCUUGGGUGAUGCUUUUAUCCUGGAGGGGAGAUCAA